GGCGCCGGUGGAGGGGGCGAGGUUUGGCGCAUGCGCGGUGCGGCGUCGCGCAGCCCUGAGGGAGCCGCCGCCAUUUUGCGCCCCCCCCCAGCCCGUUUCCAGCCGCUCCCGUCAUGGCGCUGGUCUCGGCCGAUUCCCGCAUCGCGGAGCUGCUCGGGGAGCUGCACCAGCUCAUCAAACAGACGCAGGAGGAACGCUCCCGCAGCGAACACAACCUGGUCAACAUCCAGAAAACCCACGAGCGGAUGCAGACGGAGAACAAGAGUGAGUCUCCCCCUACUACCGGACCAAGCUUCGGGGGCUCUACACCACGGCCAAAGCCGACGCGGAGGCCGAGUGCAAGUAGGUUUUUCUCUUUUUUUUUAACCCAAAAUCCCACAUUUACCCCCAAAACUCCCCUUCUCAAUCCCCACAUCUUCAUUUUUUAAGCCCUACCCUCCCUUUAUCCCCCCAGAAUCCCCCUUUAUAACGCCAACGCCCCCGUUUUACCGUGAAAUCUCAUCCUUUUUUCUCUAAAUCCCCACAU